UUUCCCCUUAAUUUAAUUAACCCAUCUCCCACACCAAGAAACAAAAUCCCCACACUUAUUAAAUUUCUCUAAUCACCCAAAACCCAAAUUCCAAUAACUCGACAAACAAUCUCUUUUUCACCCACCUAGUAUAAAUUUCUUGCAUGUCUCAACUAUCCUCCAAUUAGUACAUCUUUUCCCCCCAAAAAAAGUAAAAAAAAAUGGAAUUCUUCACAAAGACUCCCGCCGUGAGGCUCAAAAGCCACCUCAACAAAUACCUCUCCGCCGCCGACGAUCAGUCGUCGACGAAGCAAACCCGCCGCGGCGACGCGAGGCGGACGCGCUGGCUGGUGGAGCUCGUCGACACCAACCCGCACGUCGUCCGCCUCAAGAGCUGCCACGGCCGCUACCUCACCGCCGCCGCCGAUCCCUUCCUCCUCGGCAUGACCGGCCACAAAGUGCUCCAAACCUCGCCGGAGAAUCCGGCCAGGGAUUUGGCGAUCGAGUGGCAGCCGAUCAGAGACGGAUUUCAGGUCAAGCUCAAGGCGGCGGCGGCCGGCACCUAUCUCCGGGCGAACGGCGGCACGCCGCAGUGGAGAAACACGGUCACUCACGACAGCGCGUGCGGCGCCGGCGCCGGCGCGAAUUGGGUGGUGUGGGACGUGGAGGCGGUGGAGGACGAGGCGGUGGUGGAUUAUUGGUCGAUGGUGUCGAGCUUCUCGUCCGUGGAGGAGAUUUCGGGGCUGGAUAUCGGGUACGGGUUUGAAUCGCCGAUGAGGUCGCCGGCGAUGACUCCGGCGACGCCUUCGAGGUGGUGGUCAAUGAAGAAGGCUGAGAAACGACAAGAAACCCUAGUUCUCGGAAGAACCUCAAGUAACCCCAACUCCCCAACCAUGGACCGUUCGAACUAUAGCAGAGAGACCGGUGAGAGUGGCGGUGGACGUGACCUCCGAUUCCGGUACGAAUUUUGCCAUUGCAAGAAUCGGGCUUCACUCCGAAUCGUCAACACCCAUGGAAAACCAACAAUGGGGAAGCUAUACUUUGUUUGUGAGAGAAAAGAUUGUCGUUUUUUCAAGUGGUGUGAGCCAAUCGACGAAGACGACGCCGUGACAUCUGCAAUGCCGCUGCCGGAGACCGAAAGUGAGAGUUUUAGUUUGAUUUUGUCAUCAAUCGAGGAGAAUAAUAGGGCAAUAGAGAAAUUACGUAGUGUUGUGAUGUACGGAUUUUGUUUCUUUGUUGUGGUGUUGUUUGUUUGUAUAUUAGGGUUCAAGUAAUGAAAUUUCGUUUCCAAUGGUGAA